AUGGCCAGAGACCUGUGCCCUCUGAGCCUCAUGCCUCUGAUCCUGAGGAGCCAACACCUGGGAGCCUCAUCUCUCUCUGUCUUCUGUCCUCUACGCUCUCUCAUCUUUUUUUACUUCUUGUGGUGUGCCGCGGGGGUCUCCAUGGACUAUGGCAUCAGCCCCAAGUUUGUGUGCACCCCGAUCCCUCCGGAGGCUGACCCUAGCUGCUACUCUCCUCCCGCUGUGCCCUCUGGCGACAGUGCGGGCAGCAGUAGCAGUAGCAGUUGGAGGGGCUUCAUGUCGGAGGAGGCAAAAUCCACCAUUAUGCAUCUGCGCGAGAGCCUGUUGCGUCAGAAGGAGACCAUCCUGGACCAGAGAGAAACCAUCCGAGAGCUAACAACUAAGCUUACACGGUGUGAAGGGGGUCACCAUGACAACCGUCACCACAGUCAACAGAGCAACCACCCCGACGACCACCACGACGACCACCAUGACGACCACCAUGACGACCUCCACGGCCCGGCAGGGUACCACAGCGGCUCCCACCAGACCAGCUCCAAGUUCAGCCACUUCUCCCUCGAACAGACGAGCAAAACUCUGCAGGCGCUGAAGGAGCGGCUGCUCAGUCUACAGGUUCGUAACUCCAGCAGCUCAUAUUCGAGUACUCUGAGAGACCUGCUCCAGAGGAAAAUCCACGCUCUGGAGGAGCAGCUGCACGAAGAUCACCGUGACGACUAUCACAAAGACUAUCACCAUGAAGACGAUGAUCAACAUGGCAAUCACCUCGACCACCACCACAGCCUCGACGAAAAACACAAGGAAACAAACCAAAGCAAAAAGCAUGAAGAUCACAGUGUCGAUCACCAUGACGAUCGCCCUGGACACCGGAAGCUGGAUUCUGUGCUGAGACGGCACCAGGAACAGACAGCCUGGGAAGGUCCUCUUCCAAAGCUGAAGCGUCCCAGUGAGUUCCUCCUGGACUUCCCUUUGAGGACAAAUUACAUGUACGCACGCAUGAAGCGCUCGCUGGUCACCGAGCUGUUUGCUCUGACCAUGUGUCUGUGGAUCAAACCUGGUGCAGGACCAGGACUCGGGACCCCAGUCUCCUACUCCAUCCCAGGACAGAGCAAUGAGUUUGUGCUGAUCGAGUGGGGAGGCAACCCUAUGCAGCUGCUGCUCAACGACAAGGCGGUGACUCUGCCCGUGUCCCUCACUGACGGCCGGUGGCAUCACGUGUGUGUGACAUGGGCGACCCGAGAUGGAGUGUGGGAGGUGUUUCAGGACGGGAAGAGGAGAGGAGCGGGACAGAACCUGUCUCCCUGGCAGGCUGUGAGACCAGGAGGAGUCUUCAUCCUGGGGCAGGAGCAGGACAAUGUCGGGGGACACUUUGACGUCACUCAGUCGUUCAUGGGGCAGAUGUCAGACCUGCAGCUGUGGUCCAGAGUCCUGAGUGCCAAAGAGAUGCAGAGCCAAGCCAACUGCUCGGAGCACCUGGAUGGAGACGUUCUGUCCUGGACCCAGGACGCUGUGGAGCUGCAUGGAGGCCUGGCUGAGCUGGACCACCAGCUCUGCCACUGA